AUGAAUCCUGUGCACAGUACCUUGUUGUCUUCAGUGCUUCUUUUCACCCUCAGAAUUCAGGAGCUGGUAGAGGCAUGCAGCUGUGCCCCUGCACAUCCACAGCAGCUAAUCUGUGAUUCUGCGUUAGUGAUUCGUGCAAAAAUAUCCAGUGAAAAGGUGGUUCCUGCCAGUGAUGACCCUCUUGACACUCACAAAAUGAUCCGGUAUGAAAUCAAACAAAUAAAGAUGUUUAAGGGGUUUGAAAAACUGAACGAUGUUCAGUAUGUCUAUACUCCUUUUGAUUCAUCUCUCUGUGGAGUGAAACUAGAAGCUAACAACAAGAAACAAUAUCUCCUCACAGGCCAAAUAUUAAAUGAUGGUAAAGUUCUCAUCCAUUUAUGCAAUUACAUUGAACCGUGGGAUGAUCUAUCCUUGUCUCAAAAGAAGAGUCUUAACCAGAGGUACCAAAUGGGCUGUGGCUGCAAAAUUACUACCUGCUACAUGGUGCCCUGCUCAAUCACUACACCAAACGAGUGUCUCUGGACAGACUGGCUGAUAGAAAGGAAGCUGUAUGGGCACCAGGCCAAGCAUUAUGCCUGUAUCAAGCGAAGCGAUGGCACUUGCAGCUGGUACCGAGGUGGCCCCCCGCCAGAGAAAGUGUUUACUGACAUCAGCGAACCUUAA